AGUUUAGUUGAACGACGUGUAGUUUAUUACUUCCCAAUACUGAGAAUAUAUAGGCUAAUAUUGAUUCAACAAACCAAUUUAUGUGGUUCGUGAUUGCAACGUGAACUCAUUGUCGCUAGAUGGAGAUACUAGGCAAGACUGUUGCCUUAUGCCUCUGCGCAAUUACGCACACUUGGGUAACCUAACAUCGUUCCAUAAUAUGGCCAUUAAAGAUCUCCUUUUUCACUACAACAUAUCUUGUUGAAAUGUAUUCGUUGACAACAGAGAUUUACCUUUCUUGACAGGCAACAUAUUUAUUUUCUGUUUCGGCUUGUGCACACAAAGCAAAACAUUUUUUCAAGAGCAAGCCUGAGACAGAUUUGCUUGUUGUUUUACCCUUGUGGUAGGCUACCUCCAUGAGGAAAUAGACAAAUGGUGUUAGACUGGUAGUGGGGACAAUAUCUUCUGCCAUGUGAUAUAUGUCCGUUUCCUGGCUAAUGUCGUCUCUUUACCAUAAAACACAAUGUAUUACAGCUCUCCUCCCAGUUCCCCCACACUUCCCUGUCGCUUUGCCUCUAGUUACUCCACUAUUCAUUAGCAGCCUCACAUAUUUAUAUUUGUUGUGAGGCGUAUUCUGCAAGACUGCGCACUGAUGCACAGUAGUCCAACUUUUAACAGCAGGCACAGAGGCGCUCUCUAAUUUUCUGGUGACGGACUAGUGGGAGAAGAGAAGCCUGUUCAUUCCUCAUUGCUUGCUACAGCUCUACGCAAAAGAUACAUGUGGAUUUUUUUUCCAGGUUCGAAUGAAACUUAGCCUAUAGGCCUAUACAUUUGUGUCAAACAUUUAAGAAGAUCUGAAAACGUGUUGUUUUCCUUUGAUGUUCUGCAGUCUUUUACGCACGCAGUUUCCUACGCAAGUAUCCUAGCGUAGACUAGUUGCAUUAAUACUGGCCAACUAUAUUCAUUCAGAUUUUCUUGGAGUAAAUCAACAAUAUAGGCUACACGGACAAGUAUGUGGGGAAUAACGAGGACGCGAUAUGCAGAUUGCAAUGGCUCGGAGGCCAGUGAGGAGACCGGGAUUGUCCUGAACAUCGGUGGAGUAAAACAUGUGUUAUGUGGGGAUGUGCUGAACCGUUUUCCAGAGACCCGACUAGCGGAACUGUGGAACACGUCCAAGGGGUGUUUGGAGGACUUAUCCUCGCUUUGUGACGACUAUGACUCCGGGAAAGGUGAAUUUUAUUUUGACAGAGACCCGGACGCGUUUAAGUGUAUAAUUGAGCUGUAUUACUACGGGGAGAUACAUAUUAAACGGGGCAUCUGUCCAAUUUGUUUCGUAAAGGAGAUGGAGUUCUGGAAAAUCGACUUAUAUUUCCUGGACGAUUGCUGUAAAGGCGACCUACAGGAGGCGGAGGACGAGCUUGCAGAGAUUGCCGAGAAGGUUCAAACUAUUCUGGUCGACCGGGAAGGGGACCCCUCUGCCAGGGGCUGGCAAUGUUUCCAAAUGUGCUUGUGGAAGCUUAUGGAGAAGCCGGAGUCGUCGCUGUCCGCGCGCGUCAUCGCCAUAGUGUCUUUCCUCUUCAUCCUCAUCUCCUCGGUGGUGAUGUGCGUAGGCACCAUCCCUGACCUGCAGGUGGAGGACGCUGAGGGCAAUCACAUGGAACACCCGAUCUUGGAGGCCAUCGAGACCGUGUGUAUCGGCUGGUUCACCGUUGAAUACGUCCUGCGCUUGAUAUCGUCCCCAAAUAAAGUGAAAUUCGUCCUGUCCUUCAUGAACAUCAUAGAUUUCAUGGCCAUCAUGCCCUUUUACGUGGUGCUGACUUUGACGUCUCUGGGCACGGCUAUGAUGGAGCUGGCUAAUGUGCAGCAGGCGGUGCAGGCGUUGCGCAUCAUGCGCAUUGCGCGCAUCUUCAAGCUGGCGCGCCACUCCUCUGGGCUGCAGACUCUCACCUCCGCCCUGAAAAGCAGCUUCAGCGAGCUGGGGAUGCUGCUCAUGUACAUGGGCGUGGGCGUCUUCUUGUUCUCGGCACUGGCCUACACCUUGGAGCAGAGCCAUCCGGAGACCAUGUUCACCAGCAUCCCGCAGUCCUUUUGGUGGGCUGUCAUCACCAUGACCACCGUGGGCUAUGGAGACAUCUACCCUAAGACCACGCUGGGUCGGUGCAACGCGGCCGUCAGCUUCCUCUGCGGGGUGAUUGCCAUCGCGCUGCCCAUACACCCUAUCAUCAACAACUUCGUAAUAUUCUACAAUAAGCAGCAGGUGCUGGAGACCGCGGCCAAACACGAGAUCGAACUGAUGGCGCUGCGUUCCAGAGAGGCAGGUGCAGAGGAGAGCGGGCCCCAGAUACAGCGCAGAUCCGUCGGUGUCGCGGCCGGAGUGUGGGACAAUGCCAUGCACUCCUGUCACAGUGACACCGACAUUCCCCUGCUGAAAGACCCCAGAGCAGGAGUACAAACCCCAAGCUUGGACAGAAGCUUUGACAGUUGAUAGCUGAGUCAAAUCAACCCUCUUCACAGCGCACUGCUUUAGUGGACCUACAGUGUAUGCCCAAAAACAUCCAUUGCGAGAUCACAAAAGAUAAUAAAAUCACCAUAAAAACUUAGUGACCCGUUGUAAAAUGUCUCAAAAUAUAAGUUCAUUAGUGUAAUAAUGUCACUUUCCAAAAUACAUGAACACUUAAUUUGAAAAAACAUAGAAAGAAAAGACAAUACAAGUAUAUGUGUGAUGGAAUAGUGUAAAUAAUAUAGUAGGAACUUUUACAAUGUGGUUAUUGUAAAUGUAGACCAAAGUGGUUGGUUAAUGUUCACGCUGGACCAUUGGUGUAGGCCAGGAGUCUCCAACCAGGAGUCUCCAACCAGGAGUCUCCAACCUUUUCUAGCUUGAGACCUACUUUAAAAAAACGAAACAUGUGGCUAGUUACAGAUUUUUUUCUAGCUUUCAAAUAGGCACAUUCUUCUCUUCUCCUCUCCCCUGCAUCUCUUCCUCUGGUGCUUGAAGAGAAAGUAUUGCACUGUUUUCACUCUCAGUAUACCUGGUCAAAUAUUUUUAAUAAACAACUCUAAGGGGAGCCCUAUAAAAUCUGUGAUUUCUUCCCCAAACUCCUAAAUUAUGUAUUCUCAGUUAGAUUUUUUCUGGUUUUAGAUCUUAUUAUUUUUCGUUCACUCUCAAAAUUACAGUUGUUCAUGGAGAAACAAUCGAAAUUGGAUGUUCUGAGCCCAUGUCAAUGCUUAAAUCACAUCAAAAUAUUUUCUUUUUUAGGUCUGGAAGAUAACGAACACAUUUAGAUUUUUGAGUGUAUUUCCCCUUUAAUUGCGCAUCUGGCCCUUUAAUUGCUCAUCUGCAAGUGAGGAAUGUGCUGGUGUAGUGAUUGUUCUGUACUGCUUCUGCUCAUUUCAUGGCAAAGUUAGAAAAUAACAAAUAAUAUAUACAAAUUAUAUACUUACUCAUGAUAUACUUCUGCCAGGUACUUUAAUUUGCAGUUAACAUUUAAUUGAUAAGGUUUUGGGAAAAGUAUUUCUGUCAACCCACAAGUGGGAUAAUGUCAGUGUUGCUUUGAUUGCGUAGUAGCUGGGAGCUUACGGUGUCUGAUAAUUGUGAGAUUUAUUUUUGACAGUUUGCGGUGGAACACUUCAAAAUUGCAUGUACUUUCAGAAUUGUUUGGUGAGCUACUCAUAGGUGUAUUAAAAGUGAUUUAACUAUGAA